AUGGCUAAGAACGUGGUGUUUGCUCGUUUGUACGAGGAGCUCGAGGGCAAAGGCGGGGACAAGAGGUUGUACUGGUUGGCCAAGGUGAGGGAGAGGAAAGCCCGCGGCUUAUACCAAGUCAAGUGCAUCAAGGACGAGGAUGGAAAAGUGUUGAUGGACGAGGCGCUCAUUAGGAAAAGAUGGCAGACAUACUUCUAUAAACUGUUGAAUGAGGAGGGGGAUAGACGCAUUGUGCUGGGUGAGUUGGAGCACUCUAAGAGUCGGGGGAUUCUGGGUAUUGUUUGGGAGAGGGUGGUGGAGGCCAGGGUGAGGAGGUGCAUAUCUAUUUUCGAGAAUCAGUUUGGAUUCAUAUCGGGGCAUUCGACUACGGAAGCGAUUCAUCUAGUAAGGAGAUUACUGGAACAGUAUAGGGAGAGGAAGAAGGAUUUGCAUAUGGUGCUUAUUGACCUUGCGACAGCAUACGAUAAAGUUCCGAGGGAGGUCCUGCAGAGGUGUUUGGAGGUUAGCAGUAUUCCGUUAGCGUACAUUAGGGUGAUUAAGGAUAUGCAAGAUGAUGCUAAGACUCGGGUGAGGACUGUGGGUGGUGACUCAGAGCAUUUCCCUGUGGUGAUGGGGUUGCACUAG